CGUUAUAGGACCCUUCGAAGGCUGGCCCAUUCUUCCUACAGCCUACAGCUUGGUGGGGCGUCGCCCGCUUGAAUCAACAAACCAGUCGAGUCUGUCCGACCGGCCACGACGCACUUGUCGCCUUCUACAACAAACAUUUGUGAAUGAACUGUUCAAAUUAACGUGAUAACUGUAGUGAGUAACGAUAGUGAUGGUAAAGUGAAACUGUUCCGUCUAACGGUUCUCUUCAACACUGUAUCGGAUUUCGUGAUAAAAUAAUCGCCAUGGGCAUGGGAGGAGCGAUGGACAGUUGCGGGAGAUGCAUGAAGUUCUCAUUAAUAUGCAUCAAUAUUUUCACCUUUAUCGGCGGCGCAAUCGCGCUAGCAGUAGGCCUGUGGGUAUGGACUUCCCGGUCGUUUUCCAGCACAUUGAUGAGCAACAACAUGUUCAUAGCGUCGGUUGUUGUGGUGGUUGCCAUGGGAGCCGCUCUCAUGCUGCUCUCGCUGUUGGGCUGCUGCGGAGCCGCUAAGGAGGUCAAAUGUAUGCUGCUUACGUACUACAUCCUAGUCUUCAUAAUCUUCGUGGUCAUGCUGGUUGGCGGGAUCCUCCAAUUCGUCUUCCGAGAGAAGGUGAUGUCGACCUUAGACCGGGAGUUGUAUGCUGCCAUCCCUUACUACGGGGUCCGCCACGAGUACACCAAGUCCUGGGAUGAUACUCAGACGUAUCUGCAGUGCUGCGGAGUCAAGGGCUAUAAGGAUUGGAACGAUAAUGUGCCUGAGAGCUGCUGUAGAGAAGUUUAUCCGGGGAAGAGAAUGGAUUGCAAGGCGUCACCAAACCCCACAACUAUGUACGUGGAGGGCUGUCUCACUAAGGUGACAGACUUCUUGCGGGAAGACGCCGUCUACGUUGGCUCAGCCGCCCUCAUUAUUGCUUUGAUAAUGUUGCUGGCUCUAAUAUUAUCAUGCGGGUUGUUCGUGAAAAUCGAAUGAUGACAACAAAAUGGUGACAUCAGUUGACUUGUAAAGUAAAUCGAGUAUUAAUUGUACGAUUAUGAAUGUGUACUGUGAUUUGUUUGUGUCGUGUGCCUUCAGACUUUUCUAUUUAUUUAUAAAAAAAUAUAAUAUUUUUUUGCAAUAAAAAUUUGAUUGCAGUAUUAA